UACUCUAGUAACUCACGCACUUUCUGCAAGCGAGCGCGAACCGACGGAGCUGGGCCCUAGCGACGGCCCGUAGGUAGCGUACAACCCUCUCAGGAAUCGGCAGAGCGUCGGCUGCCCUGUGCCCUUCAGCUCUAAAGAAAUCUGGCCAGGAGGUAGCGGGCGGCCAGGGAGGAGGUGAAAUACACUAGGCCGUCAUUCCUUAACCCAGGCGGCAUGGCGGCUCCAGGCUCUGUCAAGCUCUUGCUUGCCGCGUCGGCGGCGUUCGGGGCUGCGUCCCGCCGUUGCCUCUUCCUCGCCGGAGCCGGGAAGCCAGGCGGGCACGGGGAGCUAGACCGGGAAAAUGCCGCUUGCCGGGGGGCGAGCCGGGGCUUCAGCUUGUCUGCCCCGAGCCGGCGCAGCUCAGAAGAUAAGAUAACUAUUCAUUUUGUAAACCGGGAUGGUGAGAAAUUAACAACCCAAGGAAAAGUUGGUGACACACUACUAGAUGUUGUUGUUAAUAAUAAUCUAGACAUUGAUGGGUUUGGUGCCUGUGAAGGAACAUUGGCUUGUUCCACUUGUCAUCUUGUCUUUGAAGAACACGUAUUUGGAAAGUUAGAAGCUAUUACUGAUGAGGAGAAUGACAUGCUUGAUCUGGCCUAUGGACUAACAGAUACAUCACGUUUGGGCUGCCAAAUCUCUUUAACAAAGUCUAUGAACAAUAUGACUGUCCGAGUACCUGAAGCAGUCGCUGAUGCAAGGCAAUCCAUGGAUCUGGGCAAGAACUCAUAAACUUCAAUCAAUCAGAAUAUUUUCAUGGAAUUUUACCUAUAUUUUUAUUACAAUAGUUUCUCUAUGUAAUUAAAUGAGAACUUGCCAAAUAGAAUUUAUUGCAAUUACUAGCUUUGAUAUUUUAAUUUACCUUAUAAAAUUACUAUAUUUUGUAAUUCUUAAAAAUUAUGCGGCCUUUUUUUCUUUUGGUUAAACUUCAGAUUGUCCAAUGUUGUUAUAAGAAUUCACAUAAUAUUAGUUUACAUUUUGUAGUGCUUAGUUUCAAAUUGCUUUUACAUUACCUCAUUUUAUACUCAUUAUGCCUUUAACCUCAUAGUGGUUUUACCACUAUUUGAUCUGUGGUGAGGCGUGGAACAGCUAAAUGUGUCCAACACAGGUAGUUAGUUACAGAACUGAGACUAGAACAUGGGUUUCCUGACUCCUUAACUUUUUCUAGUAGACUGGGAGAAAUAAGUAGUAAAACAGGGAGAAAUUAUGAAUUCUCUGUUAAGAGUAAUUAUGGAAUGUAUGUGUCAGUGCAGAAAAACACAACUGCUCAGUGAACUGCUUUAUUUUCUGAAUAUGUUAGAACAGAUGAUUAUCAUAAUAUGGCCUUUCAGAGUUAAGAACAUUUAGGAUAAUUUGAACAUAGGUGCUUCUAAAAUCCCUGACAAGUCUGAUCUUGAUAAUAACAAAGCUACAGGAAUUUUUUAAAGGAAAGUAAAAUUCUUGGUACUUUUGUAAGUAAAGUAAGAUAAAUGUUUGUGAUUUUAUCUAAAUAUUUGAUUUGCAAUAUUCUUUAAUAGUGGGAUGAAAUCGUUUAAAAAUUCAGUCUUUUUUUCUGCAGAGCCAGAGAAGAAAAAAAGAAAAAAUUCUAUUGGGCUCUGUAAUUUGUUAAUCCUCUGUGGAAGCAAGUUGAAAUUUCCAUUUUGUCUGACAAUAAAUAAAUUCAUUAGUGGGUUAGACAA